AUGAGGUAUAAUCCUUUUAACUCAUUCUGGAAAAAUGGAUUCCGGGCAUCAGCAGGCCUUGCAAAGAUUGGAAAUGAAGCAUUCGAGAAGCGAAAAGCCUCAGCUGAUAAUAGCCGGAAAGACUUACUAAGCUUCCUCUUCAAUGCGAAAGAUCCGGAUACGAAGCAACCAAUUCCAGAAGACGAGAUCAUCGCACAGUCAAUCAGCUUCAUCGUUGGCAAGAGCGAUACGACGAGUAGCACCAUGACCAAUUUGAUUGACUUUGUGGCUCGCGAUGAGACCUUGCAGCGACGCAUCCAACAAGAGAUCGACAUGAUCUUCCCAGGCGAGCCUUCCGAUGACUGGGUGCCGAGUGAGAAAAAGUUAAACGAGCUGUCGUUAUUGCUUGCAACUUUGAGGGAAGUCAUGCGCUUUCGACCAACCAGUGCCACUGGAUUGGAACGAGUGACGCCGCAGGGUGGAAAGACCAUAGCCGGACAGUUCAUACCGGCAAAGGCAAUCAGCGUCCCAACCUUGGGUAUCAUGAUGGAUCCACGGAUAUUCGAAUCACCAGAGACAUUCAGACCAGAACGGUGGCUUGAAUCAGGUGCAGAUAAGCUCCUAGAAUACUUUUACCCAUUUUCAACAGGGCCAAGAUCAUGCAUCGGAAGAAACUUCGCCUCGAUGGAGAUCUUGAAAGCAGUAGCAGUUGUCUUCAAGCUUUUUGAUAUGAAAAGAGUCAACCCUAAGUCCACAGUGAUUAGAGAAGGCUUCUUCAACAAAGCUGUUGAAUGUGAAGUCGAGAUACACAAGCGACGUUUCAAUCAGGAAAUGUGA